AUCGGCCCCUAUAUUCUAUUUAUAGAUUAGGAUACCCUCUCCAUUUAGGAAGAAAUAUGGCGACAGUUCCAGUGGACAAAUGGGAUACACACUUUUGAUUUUGUUAAUACGAAGGUAAUGCCACCUACUUGGGACAUAGAGAACAUGUCCUCUACCAGUAAGCUGCUGGUGGCAGCCAUUGACUUUGGUACCACCUACAGCGGUUAUGCAUUUUCUUUUAAACAUGAAUACGAGAACGACCCUUUGAAGGUCAGCUCCAACAACUGGACAGCGGGCUCGAGGAGUCUGGUGUCCCUAAAGACCCCCACAUGUGUUCUGUUCAAUAAAGACAAAGUGUUCGACUCGUUUGGUUAUGAAGCUGAGGAUAAAUAUUCAGAACUGGCUGAGGAAGAGGAGCAUGAGGACUGGUAUUACUUCAAGAGGUUCAAGAUGUCACUCUUUAACCAAGAGGCAAAGGAACCUCUUACAAAAGCAGUCAAAAUCAAAUCUAUAGAUGGGAAGGAGAUGGUGGCCUUGGAUGUGUUUUCAGCGGCCAUUAAAUUCCUGAGAGGUCACCUACUACAUACUCUAGAGAACCGAGCCACGGGGGUGAGAGAAACUGAUAUACAAUGGGUCCUGACUGUGCCCGCUAUCUGGGACGAUCCUGCCAAACAGUUUAUGAGAGAGGCGGCAGUGAGGGCUGGGAUAUCCGGGGACCAGUUACUGAUAGCCCUGGAGCCUGAGGCAGCCUCACUGUACUGUAAACAUCUCCCUGUAGAGCGGCUACAGUCAGAGGGGGGAGUCCAAGGAUUUGGGGCCUUUUCCAAAGGAAGCAAAUACCUGGUACUGGACUGUGGAGGAGGAACAGUGGAUAUCACGGUUCAUGAAGUACAACCCGACCUCAACCUAAAGGAGCUGUACAAAGCUAGCGGAGGAGCCUGGGGAGGGACCCAGGUGGACGAGGCCUACAAACAGAUGCUGAUCAAAAUAGUUGGAGCCCCCAUCAUCCUUGAAUUUGCCGGCUCACAUACAGCUGAUUAUGUGGACAUGUAUAGAGAAUUUGAAACCAAGAAGCGUGCCAUUACAGGUGACACAAAGGGCAAAGUCACCAUUAAAAUUCCAAUAUCUUUGGUGGAGACUUUUGAAGAGGAUACGGGAGAGGAUAUCAAAGAGACAAUAGAGAAUACCAAGUUCUCAGGAAAAAUUACAUGGGUUGGGGACAAAUGCAGAAUAACAGCAGAGGUGAUCAAGAGCUUGUUUGAAGUGGCAGGGGAUCAAAUUGUGGAUCAUGUUAGAGACCUACUAAAUAAACCCGAGAUCUCAGGAACCAACAACAUAAUAAUGGUCGGGGGGUUUUCUGAGUCUCCAAUUCUACAACACAUGAUCAAGCAAUCUUUUCCAGAUAUGAGAGUAAUUAUUCCCCCUGAAGCUGGGCUUGCAGUCCUCAAGGGGGCAGUGUUGUUUGGACACAAACCUGCCACCAUUUCCUCUCGUAUUGCCAAAUAUACAUACGGUGUAGCUACAACAGUCAACUUUAAUCCAAGUAUUCACCCAGCAGAAAAGAAAAAGAAAUAUGGAAACCUCACUAAGUGCAUUGACAUAUUUUCCAAGCAUGUAGAAAAAGGACAGACAUUAAGGUUUGGAGAGGCUCAAAGUGACAAUACUUAUACGCCAGUGGAGGAUGAUCAAACAUCCAUGUGUUUCCAAAUUUACACCUGCACCGAAUCAAAUCCAGGCUAUGUCACCGAUGAUGGAUGUAAAAAACUGGGGGAGAUGGAGGUGAAAAUGCCAGACACGUCAGGCGGGCGUAACAGAAGUGUCACCUGUGAAAUGAUUUUUGGGGGCACAGAGUUGGAAGUGAAAGCAACGAUUCAAAAAACAGGUCAAGUUACUCAAGCCAAAUUCAAUUUCCUUGACUAAUCCUGUGAAAAAUCAAAUUUUUUUUUCACAGAACGUUCCAAUUUUUACCAGUUAUUUUAUAUUUUCUAUUUCAAUAUUUAUGACACAAUUUUUUUUUUUCAAAACCGUCUUGCAACUCUGCAAAAAUUCAUCUGAUUCACCUUCCUUUGAUUUCAUGGAGAUUUUAUCCUGAUUCUAAGAGUGUGAGACUGAAGUAACCAUAAAAUGCUCAGUACCUUUGUAUGAUUGUGUUGAAAAUGGAUUUCUGAUCUUAUGAAGGAAGUGUCUUUUCUGUGAUACUUUUAACAUAUUUUCAAUAAAAUCAUCAAUAUAACA